AUGGACCAAGACCAACGGGAGACAGGGUCCGCGGGCACUUCGGGCGAGAAGGAAGCCUUCCUGAGCUCAUCCUGGACAUGCUCGUGGUGCAACGAGGCUGAGGCAUUUGAAAUGCAGCGCUUGGGAGGGGCAGGUAGGAUUUUUGAACUUCCAUACGCACGAUCACUCGCUCCCCACGUGACGGCGGCUUGUGCCAAAGAUGCACUUGGACUUUCAAGCUGUGCAAAGAGCAUAGGCGCUCGCUGCAGUGCGAGGCGCAAAACGCAGGCAAGGCAGUCGCACCCCUACAGUGCCAGAUCUUGGAGCUGCACCAUCCAGCUUCACACGUUUGAAGCCUGA